AUGUCGUUCCUGCAUCUUCGACGAAAUUCUUGCUAUUCGGGAAUUUUGGUGGUUGUUGUUCGAGUUCUAGUUACUGCUCUUUAUGUGGUAUUAUUUAGCCAUGAACCGAACUGGGACUUUCCUCCUGACGUGUGUUCCCCGACAAACUCCCAUUCUCCGGCAGAAUAUUUCGAAGUUAUUGUGAGAAUAACCGUUUGCACACGUUCGUCCUUCGAACACUGGCGUCGUUACUUCUACUUUAGAUCAAUCCAGAAGUGGUACUCCACCACAAUGCCUCCGGUAAAAAUAUCUCGAGAGGAGUUGCUCAAAUAUGAUACAUUUCUCUUUGAUGCCGACGGUGUGCUGUGGAAAGGCGACGUCCCUAUUCCUGGAGCGGUUGAUUUCGUCACGAAUCUGCUAAAGUCAAUGAAAAGGGUAUUCAUCAUUAGCAAUAACUCCACAAAGACUCCGGAACAAUAUCUGUCAAAGAUUGAGCGAAUGGGAUUCAAAGGGAUAACCAGGGAGCAGCUUAUCACUCCUGCUAUUGUGUUGGCCGCAUACUUCAGGGAUCGUCCGGAAUACGCUGGGCAACCGAUUUACUUACUAGGUGUAGAGAAUUUGAAGAAUACACUGGAUACUAUGGGUGGAGUCCGAUGUUUCGGAAGCGGUCCAGAUCAUUUUUCUUCUGGUGCCUAUCAGGAUUUCGUUUUUAGUUUUGAUAUGCCCGUAAUUCCGAAGGCAGUUGUUUGCAGCUACGACUGCCACCUGAGUUAUCCAAAAAUUAUGAAAGCCGCUACUUUCUUAAAGCGACAAGAAGUGGAGUUUCUGGUUACCAAUGAGGACUACACAUUUCCUUGUCCUAAUCCCGACGUUGUUGUUCCUGGAGCUGGAGCAGUUUCUUCCACGGUUCGAGCGGUUUCCGGACGGACACCGAUAGUUUUUGGGAAACCGCAUAAGCCAAUAGCUGAUUUUCUGAAGAAACACCAUCAUAUUGACGCCGCGAAGACGGUAAUGUUCGGAGAUCGCUUGGAUACCGACAUACAGUUUGCAAAUGAUAAUGGUUUUGCAAGUUGUUUUAUGCUGACUGGAGUGAACACGAUGGAUGACGUGAAGAAGGCGGAGUCGUUUAUUUGCGUUAUCGCUCGAUCGCUACAAGGCUCCUUUAAGACUAAUCAACAAUUUCUCUGUUUGAAAUUUUCCACAACAAGCAUUACAAGAAAAGACGAAAGCAGUAAAGAUGACAAAGGAGAAAAACCGGUGGAAUCCGCGCCGAAGCAGCAAGGAUGGAUUAGCAAACUUUUGACUGGCCAACAGAUGGAUCCCAGUGGAUGGCAGAAGCAAAGUCACUCUAGUCUGCUCAGUUCUUCUGAGUAUAUUUAUGAGUUUGCUACUCACAAUUUCCGUCCUGGAGAGAAAGAAAAAUACCUCAAAGCAUUUGGCAACUACAGAGAGGAAAUGAGUAAUAAGCUUCCCUCUGUUGCUUUGAUCGGUUCAUGGACGGUUUCCUAUGGUAGGACAAAAGAUCAGGCUGUACAUUUGUGGCGACACACAAAUGGAUUCAAGGAUAUAGAUAACUAUUGGCGCGAACCAGAGCAACGACCUCCGUCUCAUGUUUACGAUCUCCGGUCGUAUGUACUUACACCAGGAUCAAUGAUUGAAUGGGCUAAUGCAUGGGCGAAGGGCAUUACUUUCAGACGCGAUGCUAAUCAGGACGUAGGAGGAUUUUUCGCUCAGGUCGGUCAACUGUACAUUGUGUACCACAUUUGGGCGUAUCCAUCUAUGUGUGCUCGAAACGAAACGCGACAUGCAACUUGGGCGAAACCAGGCUGGGACGCCACAGUUGCGUACACAGUUCCAUUGAUCAAAAAGAUGCAGUCGAAGAUCCUGACACCGACGGAGUAUUCACAGUUGCAGUAA